AUGUCUGCUAACUUGGAUAAGUCUCUUGACGAGAUCAUUGGUACCAACAAAAAACCAAUCAGAAAAACCAACAAGAAGGCCCCCAAAAAGGUUUCCAAACAGGUUGCGGGCGGGAACCGUCGCGGAGCUUCUGUUGCAGGCGUCAGACCAAGAGCGGCCCCCGGAAAGUCCGCGUCUGUCUUGGAACAAGCAUACGGUACUAAGGUCAGUGUGGAAGGCUUGCCAAGAGACAUUAAACAGGAUGCCGUCAGAGAAUUUUUUGCCUCUCAAGUAGGAGGUGUUGCCAGGAUCCUUUUAAGUUACAACGAAAGAGGUUUGUCAACUGGUAUGGCAACCAUCACUUUCAAGAACGUCGAAAAGGCCAGAGAAGCCGUCAAGAAGUUUAAUGGCGCGCCUAUUGAUGGUGGAAGAUCGAAGUUGAGACUCAGCUUGAUCAUUGAUCCUACUAAAAAACCAUUAACCUCCAGAAUUCAAGCUGUUGUGGAACGUAAGCCAGUGCCAGUCAAGGGCCCUAACAAGAAAGUUGCUGUUGUCAAGAAGCAAAAGAGAGACGACAAGAAAAAGGCCGGUCCAAAAGCUAAACCCGAAAAGAAAAGCCUUGAGCAACUAGACCAAGAAAUGGCCGAUUACUUCGAAGAGAAGAAAGAUUAA